CCGAGCGGACUGAUUGUCGGCGAAUGAGAUAAACAAAGACAAAGAACGCUCACUGACUUUUUUUUAACAAUUUUGCAAAGACGUGCUUACCCCCUCUGGAAACAUGGACACAGGCCUGAGUCGGGAGAAGAUAACUUCCUUUGUGAAGCGCCUGCGGUCAGAGCCGCGUUAUUUGCUGGCCCAGAACGUUUCCACCUGUAUCGAUCCAUUAGAGGUGUGUUUGCACAGGCAGACGGUCCAGGACACCGUGCACAUCUUCAAGCACUGCAUUCCCACAGAGGGCAAGCCAGUCACCAACCAGAAAAACUCAGGGAGAUGUUGGAUCUUCUCGUGCCUCAAUGUCAUGCGGCUUCCAUUCAUGAAGGAGUUCAACAUUGAAGAGUUUGAGUUCAGUCAGUCCUAUCUCUUUUUCUGGGAUAAGGUGGAACGCUGUUAUUACUUCCUGCAUGCCUGCGUGGAGACAGCCCAGCGGAAGGAGCCAGUAGACGGACGGUUGGUCCAGUUUCUACUCUCAAAUCCAACCAAUGACGGCGGACAGUGGGACAUGCUGGUGAACCUCAUUGAAAAAUAUGGAGUCGUCCCAAAGAAGUGUUUCCCAGAGUCUCACAGCUCAGAGGCUUCACGUAGAAUGAACGAUAUCCUUAAUCACAAGCUGAGAGAAUACUGUGUAAGACUUAGGAACAUGGUGGAGAGUGACGCCUCCAAAGCAGAGCUGUCUGAAGCUAUGGACACAAUGAUUGAGGAGGUUUUUAGAGUGGCCAGUGUGUGUCUGGGAAGCCCUCCGGACACGAUCUGUUGGGAAUACAGAGAUAAGGAUAAGAACUUCCACCGUAUGGGCCCACUCUCUCCUCAGGAGUUCUACAAGAAGCACGUCAAACCGCUGUACAACAUUCAGGACAAGGUGUGUCUGGUGAAUGACCCCCGACCUCAGAACCCCUACGGCAAACUAUACAGUGUGGAGUUCCUGGGAAACAUGGUGGAGGGGCGCAGCACGCUGUACAACAACCAGCCAAUCCAGCUCCUCAAACAGGCGGCCGCUGACUCCAUUAAAGACGGAGAGGCUGUAUGGUUUGGCUGUGAUGUCGGGAAACAUUUCCACAGCAAGCUGGGUAUCAAUGACAUGAAUGUGUUUAACCAUGAGCUGGUCUUUGGCAUUUCGGUGAAGAACUUGUCCAAAGCAGAGAGGCUGAUAUACGGAGAUUCCUUAAUGACCCACGCCAUGAUUCUCACUGCUGUUACUGACAAGGAAGGGAAGGAGGGAUGCUAUGAGAAGUGGAGAGUGGAGAACUCCUGGGGAGAUGACCGUGGGAAUAAAGGUUAUCUAAUCAUGACGGAUGAGUGGUUCUCAGAGUACGUGUAUGAGGUUGUGGUGGACAAGAAGUUCCUGGCCCCAGAGGUUCUUGAAGUCAUGAAGCAGGAACCUAUUGUACUCCCUGCAUGGGAUCCAAUGGGAGCCCUGGCAUAACCGUGGAAACAGACAGCCCCGCCCAAUCCGAUCUCGACCUGGAAUCUUCGACUCCGCCCCAUUGCUCUGGUUUCACCUUUCCAUAGACACCCACAACACACCUUGUUCCAGACAAAUAAUAAAGUUUUUUUCCCG